CUCCGGGAAUCCCCGAACACGUGCUCCGUCUGCGCUUCACAAUAUUUGGCCUUUUUUUCGACACCUGAUCGCUGCUUUCACUGCAACUACGUGUGCCUUGUCGGUUCUGGAGAGCGUUAGCGGGACCUUAAAGCUCUCCUGCAACUUGGGUCUGCCUUUUAUUUUCUUUCUGAGUUGGAAAAGAAAGAGGAAAAAAAGAUGAUGAAACAGGAAUUUGACAGUAUGUCAGGGAGCCAGGAAUUUAGGGACCUGUGGGCGAACGUGAUGCCUCCUUCCAUCUCUACUAUUCAGAACGAGCCAUGGGUGCCUGAUUCUCAAAUGAGUUUGCUGCUGGGCGAUGCUGAAUUUGACGAGAAGCUGUUUGAUUUACCUGGCAACUUGAGUGCAGACGGCGUCAAUCACUCUGCACCCACUGUCCCAGUAACCAAUGACUACUCUGGGGAGUAUGAGUUCGAGCUCCGCUUUCAGAAGUCUGGAACGGCAAAAUCGGUCACUUCGACAUACUCAGAUUCGUUGAAUAAACUCUUCUGCCAGCUUGCCAAGACGAGCCCCAUCGAGGUCCGGGUGAGGAAGCAGCCUCCACAAGGAGCCGUCCUCAGAGCCACUGCUGUGUAUAAAAAAACGGAGCACAUUGCCGAAGUUGUGAGGCGGUGCCCUCAUCAUCAGACCGAAGACAAUGUAGAUCAUCGCAGCCAUUUGAUCAGGGUGGAUGGCAGUCAGCUUGUUCAGUAUUUUGAAGAUCCUUAUACCAAGAGACACAGUGUGACUGUCCCCUAUGAGCCCCCACAGCUGGGGUCUGAAAUGAGCGUGAUCCUCCUUAGUUUCAUGUGCAAUAGUUCUUGUAUGGGGGGCAUGAACCGGAGACCCAUCCUCGCAAUCCUUACCCUUGAAACUUCUGAGGGAUCUCUGUUAGGCCGGCGGUGCUUCGAGGUCCGUGUGUGUGCGUGUCCUGGCAGAGACCGUAAAACCGAGGAAGGGAACAAGGGGCAAAAUGCAAAAGAGCCCAAAAAAAGAAAGUCCACCCCAGCUCCCCAAACAGUGAAGAAGCCAAAGUCUGGCUCAGGAACUGAGGAGGAGGAAAAAGAAGUUUUCACUUUAAAAGUACAUGGUCGAGAAAGAUACGAGAUGCUGAAGAAGAUCAAUGAAGGUCUGGACUUGGUCGACAAACAGGGGAAAACAAGAGCCAGACUGGAUGCCCCUCUUCCCUCGUCUGGGAAGAGACUCUUGCAGAGAGGAGAGAGGAGCGACAGUGACUGAAGGCCUCCUUGUUCUCCAAGCAUUCAGGAUUCUUCUUUUUUUUUUUUUUUUUUUACCUUGUCUGCUUUUUUACUUUAAAACUUGACUAUUCUCCAACAUGCAUUUCGGCAGUGAAACAUACUUUGUUCCUUAAUAAACAUUUAUGCAAGUGAUCCUUUUAAAAAGGAUAAAGAUAACUGAAAUGUUUUUAGUAGAAGUUUCAUGGGUGAUUAGUUGUAAUCUAAACGAAUCACUGCCAUUUAAAGUUUUUUGCUUUAUUUACAAAAUGCAUUUAAUCAAAGCUUUACUUACUGUUCAUAAAAUCUGAAUUGUUUAGUUUUGUUAAGGAUGCUGUUUUCAUGCACCAGAGAUACUAGAAUUAUUGAAAACAACCAGACUUCUACAGCUUUUCUAGUUUCACUUGUCUGUCGGGGAAAAUCAGACUUAUAUGUGCAGUGACUAUUGAGUUCAUGCAGACAGUUGUCUUUUUUUUUUGUUUUGUAAUUUUUACUGUAUAUUUUGUUAUAACACCACUGCCAUUAGUGACUUUCAGAUAAUGUAACUCACAGGGAACAUCUUUAUGAUUUAAAAUAAAAAUAUUUUUUUUUUUUAUCAUUUGAGGUUGUAGACAUGUCUUCGGGGAUGCUGGAUCACCCUGCAAAAUUAUCCCUUAUUUUUUUUUAUUGUAGGUUUUUAAACAGAUUAGAUUGAAAGCGAUAACUGACACUGUGGAAUAACUGAAACAGGACAUCACCCACCCAUCCCUUUUCUUUUUCUUUGAGCCUGUGAGAGAAAAAUGUAAAUGUAUAAAAUGGCCCAGAUCACUGUUUACGUUUCAAAAUGUGGCUCCCGCUGUGACCGUCAGGAUUUCAUGUUUUCUCACCACAGAUUAGUAAUUUAUCAGCACUUGGGUUGAUGUGACCACUGUUAAUUAAUCUUUUUUUUUUUGUUUUUAUAUAUAUAUACUGUAUGUGGGGGGCUUUUAUUCUGUACCUUUUACAUUAUGGGAACUUUAGUUUUGUAUAAGAGUUUUUUUUCUAUAUUUGUAAUUUCAUGUAUUUUCUUUUUUGUAUCAUGCAUUUUUCAUAACUUUUAAGCCAAAAUAAAAGACUUUUUAUA